AUGCCUCUCCACCACGUCUGUCCCUCCCUCCUUUCUUCAUCCCCGCGAAAACAAACCAGAGAAGAUUCUCCUCCACCGAGCGCCUCCACCUCCUCUUCGCCGGCGUUCCCCCACCUCCGGCCACCCAUCGUAGUUCUGAGGGCACCACCAGGACUGCCUAGCUCCCCUCCUUCACCCGGUGCAAGGAAUCGGCCAGGGGCUCUCGAAAUCGACCUCAACAUCGCCGUUCCCCUUCUCCGUCUGCUGCAGUUCACCGUCGAAUUCGCCGCCGUUCAUCUUCCUCCGCCUUCCCCGACCUCACCGUCGUCUUCACGCACCUCGACGCCGGCGCCUCUCCGAUGCCUCCCCGACGGCGGCGCCUCCUCCCCACGGUCUGCGCCGAAGAGGCGAGCGCGACGCCCAGCCCCGCGCGUCCGGGGGGCCUCUACGUCGUCCGCGCGCACGACGCCCCGCCGCGGUGACCACGGCCAACAGAACGCGCGCGGCAUGUCGCGGAAGGUUCGCCACGUCAGCUGCGCCACGUCGUCGUCGGGCCCCACGCGUCAGUCUCUUCGGUUCGCAGCCCCGCGCAUUUGCUUCUUCCCGGAUAGGAACGCGAAGUGGUGUGCUGAGAUACGACAAGUUCUCCGGAUGUUCCUCGGCAAGCUUUAACAGGCAAGCAUUUCCCCUAUACUCCUGCCCCUGCAGAAGUCGCUCACCUAUUUUAUUUUGCCUUCUCCCUCAUGCUAUCCUUAAGUUGCGUUCUUGUCACGUGUCCAUUCCACUUGUUACCUCAAGCAGCCCAUAUUGCCACCAUCACCUCCCACGGCUAUUGUUUGGUUAUCGAGUCUGCCUUGCGAGUCGUAGUGCAUGCUAGUGCUGUUUUAUCUCGUUACUGUUGUUGUUAUCUUAUCGGGUUAUAUGUUGGGAAGAAUCAUGGUUACUUUAGUUGCUGACAAUUGUUUAGCGGAGGCAUCGGUGGGUCAGCUGCUCGUUUUGUGACGGCUCACUUGUGUUUCCUAAAUAUCUUAGGACCCCGAGUUCUUGUUAUCUGUUCCGAGACUGAGCGCUCUAACCACACGUGGGUAUGCUUACCGGGUCUCCCCUCGACCACUGCCAGAAUCUACAUCUUUGUCCAGUGGCCACAACUAGUUUGGAUGUUUGUUUGUUUCUCCCUGGCGUGCAAGCAUGUUUCUUUGUGGUCAGAUGAUAUGAUGUUAAUUUUGGGGCCUUGUACCCCGUUUUCUCUUGCACGUUCGUAGGUUGCGGAGCCGCUGCGAAGUGGUCAUCCCGCUGGGCACUGAUCACCUAGUACGCUAACGCAAUAGCUGAGUCCGCUUCGUAGCAUGGCCGGACUCUGAUACGGGUUUAACUUAGUUAGGUGGCUUCCUGGACAUUGUUGUAGUGAAGGAGAGUGCGUGUCGUGAUAUCCACCUGUCGUAAGUGGGUUGAUCGUGCGUGUGGGCACAUUUGGGCACCCCUGCAGGGUUACAAUCUUAUCGAUAAGCCGCGUCCGCGGUUAUGGACGACUUGGAGCUGUAUGACUCGACCAUAGACAACUUACACAUGUUGUUUCAAUCAUAAUAACUUGUGUAGUAAGUUAGCACAACUUCAAUAAUAAAUGGUUAAA